AUGAACCCGGCUUUCUCAGAGCCUGUCUUGAUCAAGUAUGUCAGUGCUAUUGAAGAUCUUCAAAAGUCCACUAAUACGAGAUGGCAGCGAUAUCUCCCCGAGUGGCGUGGCUACUUGGAGCGGAAGUUCAAUUUGACAUUUUCCGACAUGUACCUUGUUUCUCGCUACAUGGAAUUGAAGCUCUAA